UGGUGGUUCAGUUCAUCGAGUGAUGUCUCGGGAAAUAUACAUCAAGUGGGGAGUUUUUGUCCCAGUUGGCUCAGCUCUGUGUAAAGGAUGUGAGGCUAAACAUCGAGUAUCUGUGGCAAAUGUAGAACCAGAAGUAGAACCAGCACCCAUGGAUACAGAGUCCGCUGUUGCCUCUUCCUCUGUUCAACCAGCCGACGCCUUAGAAAACCCAGCAGACGGGACAGAAGGGCAAUCUCUCAAGUCAGAUAUACAUGUAAAUGUAGGCCAUGAGGGAGGAGUUGGAGAUGUUCAGUAUCCAAUUAAGAUUCAAUCAGCAAGUGGUGGUGAAGGUGAUGGAUCUUCCUCUGAAACAGAUUUGCUUAUCAAGGGUCGCCACUUUUUACCAGGGAAUGGUGGCUCGAGCCCUAGCACAGAGACCACUAGUGGGAAUAAUGAUGCUCGUGAUAUACUAGACAUCACGUGGGCCCCAACCCCAGCGCCAAAGAAUUUUGAGCUAGCCACGCUGAAUAGGUUUCUGCAGCAGGGAGGAUGUGCACCAGUAGAAGGCCAGCUCCAAACUGCAAUUGGUUAA